AUGUCUAGUCUUCGCGAUCCAGCGGAAUACGUCUCUAAGGCAGAACAUCGAUGGGCUGGUCAUAUAGUGAGAAGGACAGACGACAGAUGGACACUAAGUACUCUGGAACGGAUCCCUCGCAAAGCAAAACGUCCUCGAAGGAUGUCACCGACCAGAUGCGCUGGGAUAGACCAGCUGAAUUCUCAACUAGUAAUAAUUGGAUCUGAACCUCGUGAACGUCUCCGCCGCGGUUCAACACCAACAAGAGGUUGA